CGACGCCUUCCUUCUUCCACUAUCCACUAUCCACUAAUUAAUUAUCCACUCCAUCUAAUCUAUCCAUACACACCCACCGUCCGCCCGCUUGCAUUUACAAUUUACACAACUCAACUCCAACUACACCUCCAAUUGCAUCCAUCCACAGCUUAACUAACACCCACCCACCCAACCCCUCACGAAAAACCAUGUCCCAAAUCCCAAUCCCAACUCCAAACCGAACCCGCACCCCCAAACGAACCCUCCUCCUCACCCUCGACGCCUUCAACACGCUCUUCCACCCCCGCACCCCCAUCCCGGAGCAAUACGUCGCCGUGGCACACGCCCACGGCCUCCCCCGCAGCAUCACGCCCUCGCGCCUCCUCCCGGCCUUCAAAUCCGCCUUCAAGGCGCAAUCCCUCCGGAGACCGAACUACGGGCGCGCCGAUGUCCUGCGCGGGGCGUACGGCGGGCCGAGGGAGUGGUGGGCGGAUGUUAUAAGGGGUUGCUUUACGCGGGUUUUGCUGCAGGGGAGGACGUCUGGGGGGGGUUGGUCUGGUGGGUUUGUUGGUGGUCGUGGUGGGAUAGUCUCCUCGGCGCUGGUGGAGAGUCUUCUGGAGAGGUUUGCGGGCAGGGAGGGGUAUGCGCUGUAUUCCGAUGUGAGGCCGUUUUUUGAUGCGUUGAGAGCGAGGAUGAGGGGGGGAGGGGGAGGGUUUGAUCGCGUGGUCGUGGGGGUGGUUUCGAAUUCGGAUGAUCGGGUCGCGGGCGUUCUGGGGAGUUUGGGCGUCAGGGUUGGACCUGGGAGGGCGGGGGAUGAUAGGUUGAGGGUGGGGGGUUUGAGGGGUCUUUUUGUCAUCGGUAUUCUGGUAAUGGUGCUGGACUAUGAUAUCGACCUGGUGAUCACGAGCUACGAGGCCGGGGAGGAGAAGCCGAGUCCGGUGAUCUUUGAUGUGGCGGAACAACAGGCCCGCAGGCUGGUGGGGGACCUCGAGGGCGAGUGGGAGCGCGUCCAUGUUGGGGAUGACUAUGAGAAGGAUUAUCGGGGAGCGCUGGGGGCGGGCUGGAAGGGGUGUUUCUUGCAGAGAGAGGGAGGGGAUGCGAGGGAGGGGACGGUGCGGUCGCUGCGGGAGGUGGUUGAUAUGUUGGGGGGGAGGUAG